AUGGCAUCUUUCAACAAACUAAAAAACAUGCUCAUGCUGGUGUUACACUGGAUUCUGUAUGGAGCUGGUUCUACAGAUACCUGCCAAGUCACUAUAACACAACCCAGAUUUCAGGAAGCUGAGUACUCCACGCACACUGUGUUCCUAACAUGUACUUUCUCAGCUUUUGGAUGCUCCUCGUCCCCACCUCAAGUUCUAUGGUUUCGCUUUUUAAGUAAGAAGCAUGAGGAUUUGUGUACUCCAAGAUGCACAGAUCAUCAGAAGUACAAAGUACAUUUAUCAAAAAACAGCAUUUUACUUCAGAUCAAUAACCUGACUGUAGAUGACAAUGCUGUCUAUAUCUGUGGAGUAGCAUUUUCAGAUUCAAGUUCACCCCAAUCUAAACAAACAGGAGAUGGAACAGUACUAACGAAAGCAGAGAAGCAGCACAGCAACAGAAAACUCGGCUUCAUCUUCAUGGUCAUCACCACAACCUUACUGUUUCUAUACAGUGCUACUGUAUUCACAUUCUUUUUAGUCUACAAGUUAAAACCAAAGCUGCUAAAGAAAAGAGGGAAUGAAGACCAAAGAACAGAGAACUGCAAAAUCACAAGUGGACGAAAAAUUUUUCAAGCAAUUGCCCAGGAACUUCAAAAGCAGAGGUACACUGAACAUUGCCAACAGCCUGAAGAUUUGGAAGAUGACACUGUUUAUCAGAACAGAUGA